AAGAAAGAUAAUUAGAGUACGAGGAAAAUGGCAGGAACAUCAAUGGUAGCAGAUUCAAGCUCCUGGUCCACCGCUCUCGUUAAGAUUUCUCCUUACACUUUCUCCGCCAUCGGCAUCGCAAUCGCCAUCGGUGUUUCCGUCCUCGGCGCUGCAUGGGGAAUUUACAUAACUGGGAGUAGUUUAAUCGGUGCUGCUAUUAAAGCUCCCCGAAUCACUUCCAAGAAUCUGAUUAGUGUUAUCUUCUGUGAAGCUGUUGCUAUAUAUGGUGUGAUUGUUGCAAUUAUUUUACAAACGAAGUUAGAGAGUGUUCCAUCCGCACAGAUAUACGCGCCCGAGUCUCUUAGAGCAGGAUAUGCAAUCUUUGCUUCGGGAAUUAUUGUUGGCUUUGCAAAUCUUGUUUGCGGAUUAUGUGUCGGAAUAAUCGGAAGCAGUUGUGCACUGUCUGAUGCGCAGAACUCUUCGCUUUUUGUGAAGAUUCUUGUGAUUGAGAUUUUUGGCAGUGCCCUUGGACUAUUUGGAGUGAUUGUAGGUAUAAUCAUGUCAGCUCAAGCAACAUGGCCAGCAAAAUCUGUAUAAUUACAUGCCCUUUGUAGAAAAAAUAGCAACUCAUUUAUGUGAGCGCAAUUUUUCUUAUGCACAAGUUACUUCAAAAUGGCCUCUACAUAUUUUUUUCUUUAUCUGUUAUCAGUAACCAUGUAUGUAGAAACUAAUUGUUUGGAAUUGUUCUCUCUUUUUAGCUCUGAUAAUGAUUUGUUGAAUGAGAAAUAAA